AUGCCAUCAACACCCUUACCAGCCGCGUAUGCCCUCUCCACCCUCUCACUCCUGCUCACCACCACGACCACAUACGCACACGCACAUGAUCCCUCCUUAUUGGGACGCUCCCCCGGCACACUUCGGCCACGAGCAGGCAUGAGCGCCAUGACCUAUGCCGGCUGCUUCUCCUCUUCCUCUGGCCUCACGGAUCAGGGCUCAUAUCAGUAUCAGACGCCUGGGUACUGUCAGCCGAUCUGUGUAGGUGCGAACCAUGCGGUGUUGGGGUUGAGUGGAGGCAGUGAUUGUUGGUGUGGUGAUGCUUUACCGCCGGCGAGCGCGAAAGUUGAUGACUCGAAGUGUAACACGCCUUGCAAUGGCUACGGCCAACAAAACUGCGGCGGGACCAACUACUGGUCAGUCUACCUGGACGGCCUUUCCAACGACGUGCCAAAUGCCGGCGCCAGCUCAUCGAGCGCAGCAGCAAGCUCGGCCGCAGCAGCCUCCUCAUCAUCAUCACCACCUGCCUCAACACCUACAACUAGCGACGCAGCAUCCUCCACCCCUGCCGCCACCACCGCUGCACCAUCAGUCGUGACCAGCGUAGCCCCCGGCCACACCAUCGUCGUCACCGAACAACCCGCCCAAACCACCGGCGCCAAAACCCAAUCCCCCGCCCCCUCCAGCGGCGGAAAAUCAAACACCGCCGGUAUCGCCGCAGGCGUGGUAGUAGGCGUCGUAGCCGCCGCAGCAAUCAUCGGCGGCCUCGUCUUCUUCCUCAAACGACGAAGACAACAGGCCGCUGAAGAUGAAUAUAAGCGCUCCAAUCAAGUCGGCGAUUUCAUGCGCGGUGGUGGGAACGAGAUCAAGCCGCCGCAGACGGCGUAUAGUCAGAUGUCGGAUUCGAGACUAGAUCCCAUGGUCGGGAGGCGGAAUAGCUCGGGCAGUAUUGCUGAUGCGCAGGAUUAUUCGCGGAAGAUCUUGAGGGUGGCGAAUCCCGAUGGCAACUAA